CCCAACUUUUUAUGUUUCCAUUCCUCCUCAAAGAGCCUCCCUUCUUUCAUAUUCUCCACUUUUAAUUUCCUUUCCUCCUAAUUUUCGAUUUCUGCGGAAAAAGGGAAAAGUUUUUGAGUUCCCAUUUCCCUCCCCUGUUUUCUGUUCUUGAAAUCUAAAAAAAAUGAACAUAACCAAUCAAAACCCUCCAUUUUUCACUGAAAACCAUGAUUCCAACAUCGGAUCAUACCUCUCGCAGCUCAUUCUAAGCAGUAAUUCAAACACCAUUGAUUCAAUAUUCUCAAAGUGUUACGAAGCGGGCCCUGUUUUGGGGCCGGUGGGAUCGUCCGUGUACCUCCAGCAGAGGGAUUUGAUGAUCAACCAAUUUUCCCGCGAGAGCGCCGCGAUUUCGAGAAUCGGGGCGAGAAGCGGGAAGCUGUACAGAGGGGUGCGGCAGCGACAAUGGGGGAAGUGGGUGGCGGAGAUACGGCUGCCGCAGAACAGGAUGCGCGUGUGGCUCGGCACCUACGACUCGCCCGAGGCCGCCGCCUACGCCUACGACCGGGCGGCCUACAAGCUGCGGGCCGAGUACGCCCGCCUCAACUUCCCCAACCUCCGCGACCCGGCCCGCCUCGGCCUCGGGGACGCCCCGCGCCUCGAGGCGCUGGGGAGAGCCGUCGACGCCAAAAUCGAGGCCGUGUGGCGGAAGGUCAAGAGAGAGAAAAAGGCCCGCCGGGAUGCCGGGAAAUUGGCGGGAAAGAGUGGCGGAGAUUGUGGUGGGAAGAAAAGUGAGUCUUCGGGAGCGACGGAAGAGGGCUGUGGGGCUAGUGCUGUUGGCGAGGGGUCGUCGGGGUCUGUGGCCGUGUCGUACGAGUGGUGCUCGGGGGCAGAGGAGGUCGCGGUGUCGGAGAUGGAGGGAUGCUUGCUUGCUAGGGUGCCGUCGUUUGACCCGGAGUUAAUAUGGGAAGUUCUUGCAAAUUAGUCACAAUAUGAAUCUCCAUCUAGUAAUUAGGAAUGUUGUUAAUAGUUAUGUAUUCAAGAAAUUUGGAUGAGAAGCUUUAUCCAUCUGGUUUUUAUACAAGGAUGGAGCAUUAUAUAUGCUUCUGAUAUGAAAUUGUAUGACGUUUAACUUGGUUGCUAUUAUGUGUUACAAAAUCUUGACUGAGAAUUAUUGUUGCAAGCUA